UUAAGUAGUCGCGGGCAAGUUACCGUUUGUGAGCCGGCAGCCGUGCGUGCCUGGAUGGUCGACUUUGGAAACCGAGUAUUUAGGAGCGUUGUGUUACGGAAAGCACAGAACAAGCGUUGUAUUGGAGCUCCUAACCGCUAACUCGUGGCUUUACCACUUCCCACGUUUAACCUGUGCUGCGGCAUUUAUGGUAGUGUUCUGCAUUUAGACAAAUAAACCGCUAGUGGAGCGCUGAAUCCCAGGGAAUGCUGCAACUACUGCUAGCAAUCCUUCUGAUAAAGUCGACAAACGGAUGGCGUACGCGACCCGGCGAUCCCGACACGACACCAUUUUUCCCGCAUCCUCUCUGCCACUAUUCCGACCCUUAUGAACUGACGUGCAGCCAUGCCGACUUGCAUAUCCCCGGGAAUUUCCGCACGGAAACUUUGUACUUUAACACUACGAGUAGCCGAAUUUAUAACGACGUCAAUACGCUCAUCCUCGACUGCCCCACCAGUGUCAACCGCACCUACUGCAACACCAUUGGUCCAGGUGCUACAGCCCUUUCACACCGCUACUGGUUGUGGGACUUGACGCUGAUUGGCUUCCAGGCGGAAGGAGGUGGCCGCGCGCCUAUUGACGUCCUGUUGGCAGAAGUCCCCAGUCUCCUAACCCUGAAUGUGCACUAUUCCAAAAUCGGCACGCUGGACCGGCAUUUCCUCCGGCGUUUCACCCGCCUUGGGAGACUAGACAUUCGCAACAAUGAUAUCAGUACCAUUGAACUUGAAGCUUUUGAACCGCUUGUGGAACUCGUUCAGCUCAGAAUGGGCGGGAAUGCUUUACAAACGUUGGACUGGAGUGUUCUGGAACCGGUAGCCGCAAAAUUGAGAUUACUGGGAGUUGACGCGCAGAAUCCACCCUUGCAGACUUUGCGACGCAGCGGGCCGUUGUUUUCUAUUAAUAUCACAACACUAGCUUUGAACCACAGCCGCUUGUCAUCCGUUCCUAAAGAAGUCGUCGACACCUUUGAUGUCCGGCAGUAUGGUGAUGUGAUCUUUGAUAUUGGUCACAAUCCCGUGUGUCCGGACAAAGCAGACUGUGCAUGCUGUGCCAUGAAGGAUUUGGCCAAUUGGUUCGCAAAGCGCAACGAAUGGGCUACAAGCUAUCGUAAUCCGUUCGGUGGGCAACCCUGGUCACUGACUGUUAAGGCCACCUGCGGAUUAACAUGGAAUGCCGGCACCAGGGAUGCAGUGAAGGAGUUUACGCUGGAGAACCCCUUGUUGCCCAGCGUAUAUGCCAAUUGUCAUCAUUAGUUUUUAUUUUAAUAAAUCCAUAAUAUACGAUUUAUAAAAUACGCUGGCGGAUUUUCGCCGGCUUAAUUUAUGUUAGAUAUAAUGGAUCGCUUAUAUUGUGUUGUUUGAGCUGCUGACAGAUUAUGAUGCAAGUACUAGAGUACUUAGUACGUAAAGCUCCCGUGAAGCUUC